UCACAUCGCUAUAUGGUCAGCACAGCUCAGUCUUCCAUUUCUCACGACACAGUCCAGUUGUCCGUUUUCGUCUGCCUUCCUUUCUCUUUUGUUUCAAACGUCUUCUAGUGUUGUUGAACAGUCCCUCUGACCUGCCUUUGUUAGUCGUGCAUUAUCCUUUUCAGUCAUUGUUACUCUUUCUCUCAACUACUAAUCAGUCUGUAGUGGCUGCAACGCUCUCUCAGUGAGUAACACGUUUAAAAGCAUAACGCUCUCCCAGUGAGUAACAAGUUCAGCAUAAUACUCUCUCAGUGAAUACCAAGUUCAGCAUAACGCUCUCCUUCUCUCAACGACCUACCUAUUCCAGUCAGCCCACUCAGCCAACGUUUGAAGAAGAUCUUAAAAGGAACGGACAACUCACUCAACAUGUCCAGUCAAGAAGUAGAAGGCUUUUCUCAGGAGGUACGGCGACGGGGUGCCACACUGGAAAGUCUUCAGGCUGCUGUGCCUCCUGAGCAGCCGCAAUUGUCCUCCACAUCACGUAAAGUGACAUGGAAAUCACCAUCAUCAUACCCACGCUCAUGGACACACUGCUACUCAAUGGGAACAAUGCUCCUUUUUGUGAUCUGCUUGGAGGGUCAGCAUCUUCGUGAUGAAAUCCUCUACACUAUUGUACACUACAUAUUUAGUGUACAUAGUGUAGAGAUGGAUAAGCAAGACGAAGCUUACUUCAACAUGACACUACUGCACUACUGUGCAGAGUGUGGAAAUGAUCGACUAGCAAAUAUUCUCAUCGGACGUGGAGCUGAUGUCAAUGCGCAGAGCAGCUCGUGGCGAUUGACUCCACUUCACUAUGCAGUCUGCUGCAAGAGGAUCAACGUUGUCAAGGUGAUGCUGUCACAUGACAGUAACGGUGUCACCUUGGAUACCACACUGCGUGACAAGGAUGGGAAAACAGCGUUGGACCUAGCCAGGCAAUACAAAAAUGAGGGAUGUGUGCAGUUGCUGGUGGAUCACGAGAGUGCGAAGUUCGCUAACCGCAAGAUGAAGAAUCCGUGGAAGAUGUCGGAGUUCAGGCGCAUGCUUCCGACCUUAAUAGAAACCCUCGAUCCUUUUGGACUACGGACGCGCUGUGACGCUUACGAAAUCAUCACGCCUCGAUUCAAGAGAAGCUUGGCUUCGAUUCGUGACCCGAACGAUCACAACGAAAGACUCCUGGAUGAGCUGAGAGGUGGAGAUGCAGAUUCGUUCCACAGGUUUCUCAGUUGCAUAAGAGAGUCAGAGACUUACACACGUGUCAAAGAGAUUUUAGCUAAACUGGAACCACUGGACAUUCAUCAUGUUUCGACAGCAGAAGCCUGUGCCAGUGUGGACAGUAGAAGCGGUGGUCACGGUGCUCCAGGAAGCGGUCAUCACAGCGCUGAUGGAAGCGGUGUUCAGGACUCUGAAUUCAUGUCACUUGGUGCCAUUGGUGGAAAGACACUUGAUCAGAUUGCCGACUGGCAUGCGUUUGUUAGCUCGAUUGAACCGUUCAUCGGUGGAGAGGAGGAAGGCGACGAGAGAGCAAACUGCGGUAAGGCGGCUGUGCAGCUAGUGGCUCCAGAAUACACAAACUACUACCGCAACGUGCUAAAGUCGUUUCACGAAAUGAAGAAAGGUAACAUCGGAGGCCUAGGCAAAGGAGAGAACAACCUCUUCUGUAUCUUGCUGUAUCUGAUGAAACGUCCGAGCACAACCGUCCAAGAGCUGUUUAACCUGCUGGCUGAUAAUGCCAAGCAUAGUCGGCGCCGUCUUUUCACGGCAAUCAAGAAUGCCGAGUACUUGAAACAAUAAGCAGGAGAUGAGGCCUUGUCCAGAGAUGGCAGGGGGGGGGGGGGGCAAGCGUCUGCUCUCCGACCCCCAGCCGCUCAGUGCCUCGGCCGGAUCGGAUUAGCAGCCUGGCCGCCCUCCGGGCAGCGUCGUGGAGCCUGAUGUCUUUUGACCGGAGCGUUCGUCCUAGGCAUCAUGGGCGCUGUGUGUUUUCAUUGCCAGUUGGCAUGUGUUGCUGUGAUCAGCUCGUGUCAUUUUCCUUCAUCAUGAAUUUACACAUAGCAGUGAUGUUUCUAAUGUCUUGAAGUACACUAGAAACUCACAUGCUAUUUUACUUUGAAUUGCAGUUAGUAAAUUUUGAAAAUAAUAAACUAUCAAUUUUCAAUCCAUGUCAGACAAUCAGGGAAGUUUUUGAAGCUCCUCUCAUUCCCGCCAUUAAUGUAAUAAGAAUAUUAAAAUUUCAAGACACGCUUGCGUGAGCCUUUACUGAAACUUGACUAACGAUAUUGAGAUCACCAUGUCUCUGUGCGUUGAGCCAACCCACAUUGAUUUCAUAGAAGCCUAACCUAUAUCUUUGCAGACUUGAUUUUUGUAUCCAAAUUCAAGACUGAAGAUCUCACCAGAACUUA